CCGGAGGAUGUGGCCGUGCCGCCUGCGGACCCUUGGAAGUUCCAGUAACGGGUAAACCAGAGCAGGACUCCUUCUGCAGACCAUUGUUCACACCCACUUGGCAGCGCCAAAAGCUACGUACCUGCCUUUGCAAGCGGGGUUACCUUCGAAACUCUUGGGGCGACUGCAUUCCACGCAUAAAGUGCUUCCCUUGCAAGUUCCGAUGGCAAAGAGACUAUCGCACAUGCAUGCCUGCAUGCCCGGCAACCUGUGAAAGGCCAUUCGGCUCGCCAUGUAACAAGCCGUGCACAGCAGGCUGUGACUGUCCGCCUGGCUAUGUAGUGAAUCCAAGGUUCCCCGGCAUGUGCAUGCAGAUCAGCUAUUGUCAUUCAAAAUGUCCAGCAAACUCAAGUUUCCAGUCGUGCGUUUCAAAUUGCCUUCCCAAGUGUGGACAAAACCCACCAAAGGCAUGUGACAUCAAAUGUAACAGCAAAGGCGCAUGCGUCUGCAAUAAAGGAUACGCUGAACUGGAGCGAGACGGCAAGAAGACGUGCGUUCUUCAGAAAAUGUGUCCCCUGCUUAUGUCUAGCAAGAGUGAGCAUACUGGUGGAGAAAGACAGCCUACUGAAACCCCGAAUAUGCCAGGCCGUGUCUCGGGGCAAUCAGUGGUUGCAGCGUCGCCUGUUUCUACGCAAAAUAUAUCGGCAAGUAGAGGACCAAGCGUCCAGGGUGCGCGGCCAAGUGGUGCUUCAGGAGCUGGAGGGUUAGCAGUCGCCGUAGGUACAGGGAGUACUCUUCUCCUAGCGACCUCAGGAACGGGAGGCAACCUCAUAAACACAGAUACUGAAGCUGGCAAAAGUGAACGGGUGUCCACCAAUGGAACAAGUACGCUUAGUGGACCGUCAAGUGUCUCUGCUGGUACUCCAGGAGCUGGAGGGUUAGCAAUUGCCGUAGGUGCAGGGGGUACACUUUCUCCAGUGACCUUAGGAACGGGAGGCAACCUCAUAACCACAGAUACUGAAGCUGGCAAAAGUGAACUGGUCUCCACCAAUGGAACAAGUACGCUUAGUGAACCGUCAAGUGGCUCUGCUGGUACUCCAGGAGCUGGAGGGUUAGAAGUUGCGGUAGGUGCAGGGGGUAAUCUGCUACCUGCGACCUCAGAAACAGGAGGCAAUCUCCCAAAAUCAGCUACUGAAGCGGGCAAGAGAGAACUAGUAUCCACCAAUAGAACAACGACGCUUAGUGGACCUUCAAGUGGCGCUGCUGGUACUCCAGGACCUGGAGAGUUAGCAGUAACCGCAGUUGCAGAAAGUACGCUUCCUGCUGCUACUUCAGGAAAAGAUGGCAGUGUCAUAUCCCCGGCUACUGAAUCUGGCGGACGCGAACUGGUAUUCGACAAUCUAACAAAUGCACAUGGUGGACUGUCAGGUGGUGGUUCUGAAACUCCUGAAGUAGUUGUCGAUGCUACGCCAACAGCUGUACCAUCACCAGCUUUACCCGUACCUAUCGGGUCUCCUCCUCGUUUUGAGUUGCCUGACACCAGACACGCAGAUCUGAGUGCGGCUACAAGCACCGCACAAGGUGCGACUUCAUUCCUGUCCGGCUCUUUGCACACUUCCUCACCAACGCCGAUACGUUAUAGUGGGGAUAGUUUGGGGUACUCCUCAUGGUUUCCACAAACGUUUAGUCCUCCAAAUUAUGGACUCACUAGCUUUGACUUUAAUACCUGGGCUACGCCUUGA